GUGUGCGGGUUCCUUAGAGAGGUCUCUUCGGGCUAAGAAGUCGGGGUUGGCCAUUGCAGACACAAGUGACACACAGCAUGCAGCACAUGGUACGCAGUGCAUGCUAAGGUGGUGGGAACGAAGGUGCAGGAAUUGUGAUAACUUGAAACACAAGCACCUCAGGACUCCCCCUUUAGGGCCCACCCAGGCAUCCUCAUUUUUAUUGUUUUGUUUUGUUGGUUUUGUUUUGUUUUGUUUUGUUUUUUGAGACAGGGUUUCUCUGUGUAGCCCUGGCAAGCCUGGAACUCACUCUGUAGACCAGGCUGUCCGAAAACUCACAGAGAUCUGCCCGCCUCUGUGCUGGAAUUAAAGGUGUGCGCCACCAUUGCUCCGUUUCAAGCAUCUUUUCCCUAAUUUGGGUGUAACGUGUGUACGAUGCCGAUGCGUAGACAUCGGUCAUUGUCUUUUCACCCCCAGGUUGCUUACAGCCCACCAGCAACAGUAGCUUCAAGGAGCCAGGAAACUCAGAACUUAAGGUGAAAGGGUCAAAGGAUCAUGGGCAAGGUCCCUUCAAAGGGGCAUCAGGGGUGGAGUCUGUCUGGGAGAGGCAGUGAUAUGAUAUGGAACCCACUCGGGAAGAGCGGUCCCGUCACAGGGCUCCCUCACAAAGUUUUUGGGCCCAAAAUGUUUUUCCUUCCUAGGACCCAGGCAAGAUGGAAAAGAGGAGUCAAGAAGAACCAAACAUUCAGAGUUCCUGUGGACAGACACUUGGAAGCACAGUGGAGGGAAAGCUGGGCCAGGAAGCUGGCCUGGCUUCCCUGAAGUUGUCAGCUCUCCAAGACGCCUCCAAGGAGCUAGGCUCUGGCCUGAGCCAGGAGAGAGCACAACCUCAGACACCGCUCACUCCUCAGGAUCACCCAGAGAAGACAACACAGGGUCAAUGUGGGCAGUCACCUCAGGGUUAUAAAGGAGAGUCAGUUCAGGGACAAGACAAAGGGGUUCCUCAGAGUCAAUGUGAAAGGAAGCAAGCUCAACAGGGCCAGGAAUUAAAAAUCCCUCGGUUUGGGGAAGGCACUAAUUCAGUAGUAUGGGGGGAAGUUCAGGGAGAAUCCACAGUAUGGCGCCAGGAAGAGGGCAACCUUCAGGGCCGUUCCAGCGACUUCUGCAAACUCCCAGAAAAGCAGAUCCCUCAGCCCGUGGAAAAGAGGAUAGCAGGUCCCCAGGGUAGUAGCACCCAGCUGACAGAGGCAGCAGCCACCCAGGAAGGGGAGUGGGCUCCUCUCCCUGCGGUACCUUCCAACCCGCCACAGCUCCAAAGCCCAGAAGGCAGGAUACUUGCCACCGAGGCUGAGGAGCGCCAGUCAAGGCUUCCCAGUGCUCACAGGGAGCAGAGAGGCCUUAGGAACCCCAAACCCUCCAAGGUCGCGUGGUCCGCACCCCGGAGCAGAGAGGAGGUGCUGGCCAGCCCAGGGCAGGAGGUUCUGCAGCGACUGCUGGAGCUGAACGGCGCGGCCAGGCUGCGGCGGCGCAGGGACCGCGAGCAGCAGCGGCUCCGGGUGCGUCCCAGGGCCCGGCCUGCCAGAAGUGGUGGUGGAGGGGGCGGGAGGGUUGCCCAGGCGGGACCCGGCUGAGUUCUGCCUCCCCAGGUCUUGGAACGACUCCGCAUCUUUGCCAACCACCA